AUGAUGGUGCUUGGUUUUCUGAGCAGAACACUUCAGCUAGCAAGACAUUCAUCCAGUCCAUUGGGGAAACAACUCUGUUCAGCCAGCACAAAUAAGCCAGUGUUGACUUUAUUCACGAAGAAACCAUGCCCUCUAUGCGAUGAAGCAAAAGAAGUGCUUGAGCCAUAUAAGAGAAGGUUUAUUUUGCAGGAGGUGGAUAUUACCCUUCCAGAGAAUUCGGUGUGGUAUGAUAAAUACAAAUAUGACAUACCUGUUUUUCAUUUAAAUGGGAAGUUCCUAAUGAAGCAUCAAGUAGAUAUCCAAAAGUUCGAGGACCAGCUUAUGAAGCUGGAGUUAAAAAAUGAUGGAAACGAGUGA